AUACAUGGGACGGUAAGAAUCAAUGUAGAUAGGUUACCUUUUAUUUAAAAAAUUAUUAAUAAUGUAAAUAGGUGAGUACUUAUUUAUAUAUUGGAAGUCGAAUAUCUUGUAAAAAGUUACUGGUCACAUAAAAAAUUACUCACUACGUACAUACUAAGAGUCUCAUGAUUUAUUUUGAAAAUCCUGGUAGAGCAAGAGGCGGUUAGAAAUAAAUGGACUAACAUGGAAGGGGAGUGACCAAAUACAACAACUAAUUGUGAUUAUAAGUGAAUAAGAAUGUGCAACACCUGCUAUCCUUAUUAAAGAUCUCAAACAUCUUGCCAAAUGUUUCGUGAAAUAUUUAGUAUCAUGUUAAGACUCGUGCUAUUACUCAUAAAUUUGGACCUGAUUUCAAAUGAUCACCCUUUUAUGUACUUUUCUUCGUGCGGAAUAGGUCAUAUAUUGGAACACAUUUAUCUUACUUGUUGGAUGUGAUUUAGAAGAACUUGAGUUCAACACUAAUAAGAAAAGGAGCUUGGUAAAGAGUUCAAAAGAGAUUAUGCACAAAUUGACAGGGACGCUAGAACUUAAGACUCAAUAUCUUCAUUUGUCUUCUUCUGACAUGUACGGUCUUGCAAAGUACAACAUUUUAUCACCGAGCAUAAGCUGAUCUUGUCCACUGACACUAGAGAGUGGGUAUCCAUCGGGUCAUUCCCCGUGCUGCUGCCCUUAUCGAGACAGCUAUAAUAACUUUCUAAGCUGCAAUGAGAUGGUUUCCGGGCUUGAGCAGAUUGUGGUGGAUGUAGCGUAGCCCUCGUAAGUGGAUUCCGAUUCUCAUUUGUCGGCCAAUGAAGUGAAAGAUUGUGGCUUUGCUUCAACAUCAUGUUACCUUACACUUUCUGUUCGCCCAAAAGAGAAAAAGUAAGGAAAAAAGAAAAAUGACAAGUACAAAGGACAAUGACAUGGUCCCCCACCUCUAGGGGAUUUCAAGAACAUCACCAAGUUAGCUAAUGGCUUGUCUUGAUAGAUUUUUACAUUAUAUUUUUGUUUAUUCUAAUGUUGUCUCAGUCUACAUUUUACAUUAUCUUGUCUUUAAACAUAUUAAAUUUACACAACACGUAAGCAUUAAUAUGUAAUUUGAAUUAUAACUUUUUAUAAUUAAAUAACAAUUUGAAUUUUACACAAGAAAGCAGAAAGUUAUUUUUAUUUUUUUAAAAGCCUCCGAUCAUUGUGAUUAUCUUGUUUCGUUUUAAUUUAUUACGCAUCAUAUAUUAAAACCAAACUAAGAAGAAAGUCCAGCAGAAUGGAGCUUAACGGUUGAACCACAUCAUCACUCAAUUACCUCCCAAUUUCCUUAAUGUUUAUUAGACAUAUUACUUAACAGUAUGGUAGAAAAAAAUUUAAUCAAUCUAAUAUAAUCUAACAUAAUGUUUCUAGAAGAAUGUAUGAAUAGGAACUCGCCUUAUUUAUUAGAUGGGAUGGAAUCUUAUAUGACAUAGGAUGCUUUGGAAUUACUGUUUGUCAGUUAAAUAUUUUCUAUUAUCUACUAUUAUUGUACACUUAUUUAAUCGCAAGGACAGACUUUUUAUACAUCAUCUAAGAAGACUCUAGCCUUGGAACGACAGGACUAAAAUCUUCUCAACCCCAUAGAGAAAGAGAACAAAUAUGGCAGAAGUUGUCACCAGCAUUGGUGGAAGCAUCCUUGCCAAUCUGAUUAUUCAAGCACCGGAGAAGGUUGGAAAUUUAGGAGGCGUCAAGCGUGAACUUCAGGUGCUCGAGAGCACCGUCACCAUGCUUCAUUCUGUGCUGGACGAUGCAGAAGAGCAACAACACCAGAGUUCCCAAAUCAAAGAUUGGGUGGAAAAACUAAAAGAGGCUUUCUAUGACUUGCAGGACGUGCUUGAAGAAUUUACUAUAGAAGUUAUGCGACGAGAACUAAGGGGCGACAAUCAUAUGAUCAAGGAGGUAAGAACAUUUUUCUCAAGUUCAAACCAGCUUGCCUUUGAAUUGAAGAUGAGUAGAAAGAUAAGAGAAGUGAGGGAGAGAUUGAAAGCUAUUGAGGCUGAAAAGAACUUCCUCUUGGACAAGGGACCUAUGAAUUCACAAGCACAGAGAGGGCGGAGGAAGAGAGAGGAGACGCAUUCGUUUAUACGUGAAGAAUACAUUAUUGGAAGAGGUAAUGAUAAAAAGAAUGUCAUGAAAUUCUUACUAGAUAUGGAUGUGAAAGAGGACGUUUCUAUCCUUCCAAUAGUUGGUAUUGGUGGGCUUGGAAAAACAGCUCUUGCUAAAUUUGUGUAUAAUGAUGAGAUGAUCGGUAAACAUUUUGACUUGAAAAUGUGGGUUUGUGUCUCUAAUGACUUUGACAUGAUAAAAAUAGUGAAAGAUAUCAUAGUUUGUGUGGAGAAGAAAGAACCAAACUACAAUGUGAUGGAUAGGUUGCAAAUUGAACUGAGGAAAAUAAUUGAUGGAAGGAGAUAUCUCUUAGUUUUGGAUGAUUUGUGGGAUGCAAAUUUAGAAACAUGGCACAACUUGAAAUCAUUAUUGAUGGGAGGUGCUAGAGGAAGCAAGAUCCUUAUAACUACACGCCUUCCUUCGGUUGCAAAGAUCACCUCCCCUGCUCCGCCUCUUCGUCUUGAGGGCUUAUCUGAAAGUAAUUCUCUUGAUUUGUUAAUGCAAAUGGCUGUUCCAAAAGAAGGGGGCAUACAAGAUCCUAGCAUGCUAGCUAUUGGUGAAGAGAUAGUUAGAAAGUGCUCUGGGGUCCCAUUGGUCAUUCGAACUAUUGGGGGUUUACUAUUCCAUAAGGAAACUAAAGAUGAAUGGUUACGUUUCAAAGACGUUGAGCUCCCAAAAGUGUCUCAAAGGAAAGACGAUAUAAUAUCUAUUCUCAAGCUAAGUUAUGACAAUCUUCCUUCACAUUUGAAACAAUGUUUCGCCAUUUGUUCAUUAUUUCCCAAAGAUUAUGAGAUAAAGAAACAUACUUUAGUCAGUCUUUGGAUGGCAGAAGGAUUUAUCCAGCCAUCAAAUUCAAGUAAGCAUUUAGAAGACAUUGCUCAUGAAUAUUUCAAGGAUCUACUUUGGAGUAACUUCUUCCAAGAUUUUAAAAAAAAACCAUACACAAAUGAGGAAACUUGCAAGAUGCAUGAUUUGAUGCAUGAUCUAGCUUGCAACGUUGCAGGGAAUAGGUGUUGGGUGGCAAGGGAUGACACAAAUCAAAUAAAUGAAAGAACUCGUCAUAUAUCCUAUGGUUCAACCUUCAAUUUGAUGGGUGAACUUCCAAUCUCACGUUUGAAACCAAGUGUAUUGAGAACAUUUUUGUGUACUAUUGGAGGUUGGGGAAGAAAUCUAACAAGUGAAGUAGACCUAAGCCAAUUAAUUCAAAAUUUCAAGAGGUUGCGCAUCUUGGAUCUGCAUGCCACAACGGUCAAGAAGGUGCCAAGGUCCAUUUGUGAGUUGAAGUAUCUCACAUAUCUCGAUCUCUCUUACAACAAAACACUCAGAAGGCUUCCUAACUCCAUUACAAGAUUGCAAAGCUUGCAAACACUUAAUCUCUACUGCUGUCAUGCCCUCGAAAAGUUGCCAAGUGAUAUAAAGAAGUUAGUCAACCUUCGGAAUCUGGACAUAGUUGGUUGUUCUACACUUAGUUAUUUGCCACGUGGAAUGGGAGAGAUCAGUUCUUUGCAUAGGCUAACGAACUUCAUUUUGCCCAAAGAUAAAGCUCGUGCUAAGAAUUAUUGCGGACUUGGGGAGCUAAAGGGGCUUAAUAACAUCCAGGGACAACUUUCAAUUGAAAAUUUGGGAUACGUAACAAAUGUGGAAGUCAAAUGCGAGGAUGAGAUAUUGAUGGGGAAGCAUUCUCUAGAAUCUUUGGUACUCAAUUGGGGUGAUUUCAAUUCUCUAGAUGAAGUGUUGUUUGAUAGACUGAAGCCACCCUCAAAUCUGCAAAAGUUGAAGAUUGGGGAAUAUAAAGGUGAGACCUUUCCCAAGUGGAUGAUGGAUAGUCUUGUAUCUUUCUUGCCACAUUUAGUUCACGUAUCGUUUGAUGCUUGCAAAAGAUGUGAACGUCUCCCCCCACUGGGCCAACUACCUUGCCUCAAGUCUUUGUAUAUCUUUCAUAUGCCUAAAUUGGAAUAUAUCGAGUCGGACCAAUCAUCCCCUUCACUAGCAUCAUUUCCUAGUCUAUUGGAAUUAAAGAUUUAUGGCUGUGAAAAAUUAAAAGCCAUACCACUAACUCCUCAUCUUGAGGAGUUAGCUUUGACUGAAGCCAACGGAGCGUUGUUGAUAAAUCAGAUGAUGCUUGGCCUUAAUAAGUUGAAGAGACUGGAGAUCCGACGUACAAAUUUUCCAAAAUGUUUGCCUGAAGAGGCUUUCCAAAGUCUCACUUCCCUUGAAUCUCUUAACAUCAGUUGUUGUAGUCAGUUGACUUCCCUCUCGCAAGGUAUACGACAUCUAUCGAGCCUCGUGGAUCUCACUAUUAGGAUGUGUGAUGAGCUGGAUAUAUCCAAAGACGAAAGCGGCAACUUCUUGGAUUUCCAUGGAGGCCUUCACAGUCUCCGCUCCGUGUGGAUUGAUGAGCUUCCCAAACUGACAUUUCUCCCAGAGUGGCUUCUACAGGCAUGCAGUCUCGAGUGUCUCGAUAUUUCCAAUUGCCCCAAUUUUAAGGAAUUAUCAGAGCAAAUCGAGAAAUGUGAGAAGGUGGAUAAAUCCAAAGACGAAAGUGGCAACAUCUUGGAUUUCCAUGAUUGUUUUCAGAGUCUCCGCUCCGUGGAUAUCUUUGGCCUUCCCCAACUGACAUCUCUCCCACAGUGGCUUCUACAGGCUAGCAAUCUCAAGCGUCUUUAUAUUGGGGUUUGCGACAAUUUGAAGGAUAUACCAGAGCAAAUCGAGGCCUUUCAAUCACUUCAAAUUCUCAACAUCGACGGGUGCUCCUCGUUGACAUCAUUCCCUAAAGCAAUGCAAAGGCUCACAUCCCUUACUCACCUGUGGAUCCACAAUUGCGGAGAAUUGGAGAAGAGUUGCAAAAGAAAAGUAGGUGAGGACUGGGACAAGAUUGCUCGUAUCCCGAACAUAGAAUUUUAACCCUAAUUUUCUUCACUGAAGGUUUGGGUGCAUCGCUUCAUUCCAAAGAGUGCGAGAAAAAAUGAGGAAAAAUUCAUACUUCGUCUCAUCCAGCGAUUGAUUUCCCAAGCGUAUAUUUCCGCUCGAAGGGAGGACAGCAAAGGCAAUCUUUAGCAUUUGACCACAAUUGACGCUCUCGAUUUGUUGUUCAGCCAUUCCGCGGGGGUUCUCAGGCUAGACAGAAAUGGUGUGAAUUUUGGCACUGAGGACACAAUGCCAAAUGAGGAUCACAAAGAACUCACUGACCACCAGUUAGAUCAUUUGAACAUGUUGAUGAAACGAGAAAGGGCGUUUCAAUUGGUUUGCGGAGUAUUAUUGUUUGUCUUCGGGUUAUUUCCAAUUCAUAUACACCAGCUGGUAAG